AUGACCAAUGCAAGCAACUCAUCCCUUUACGUUUCCAUUACAUUACAAAAUGGUACAACUCUGUAUGAACUUUAUCAAAAGUUCUCUGUGUCUGGGGAGGAUGACAACUACAGACUUUAUCUAAAAGGACCAGUUACCGGAACUUUAGGUGACAGAAUAUUAGAUUCAGGGUAUCCUAAUGAUAACUUGUCAGAGAUGUACAGAAUGUUUAACAUUGAUCUGUCUUGGAUGUCAUUCCGUACCCUAGACAGAAUACAUUAUGACUGGGGUGACCGUAUGUUAGACACGGGGAGUUCCUACCUCAAUCUGUCUGGAAUGUCGUUCUCCACACCAGAUAGGGACAAUGACGGAUAUCCAUAUAACUGUGCUGUUAGUUACGGAAGAGGAGGAGGCUGGUGGUAUAACAAUUGUCACUCUGCCUACCUCAACGGUCCCUGGUCCCGUUUUUACUGGUUCUUUCCAUGGUAUCCGCCACUUAGUGAUG